AAACAGGCUCUCGCCACCGCCGCCUCCUUUCCCCUGGCCGGACUGUCUUGUCUGAAACAAUUCAAGAGCACUUGUCAAUCAAUAAUCCAUCUCCAUCUUCAAUUUUACGCUAUAGCCCAGCAUGGCGCCCAUGACGAAACCCGAGACGGUCCUCAAGCAGGCAGAGGGCCUUAUCUCUGUAGGACAAACCCAUGCCGCCCUCCAAUCCCUCACGGAGAUGUUCUCCUCCAAACGAUUCCGUUCGACGCCCCUCACCUCGCUCGAACCCAUCAUGAUCCGCUUUGUCGAGCUCUGCGUCGACAUGCGCAAAGGCCGGACCGCGAAGGAAGGCCUCAUGCAAUACAAAAACAUCGCACAAAACACGAGCGUCGGAUCCAUCGAGGUCGUCAUCCAGCGCUUUGUCUCCCUCGCCGACGCGAAGGUCCAGGAGGCGCAGGAGAAGGCGAACAAGGCCGUCGCGGACGCUACCGUCGAUGUCGACGAUCUGGAGGCGACAGAGACGCCGGAGAGUAUUUUGUUGGGUGCGGUCAGUGGUGAUCAGAGCAAGGAUCGGACGGAUAGGGCGCUUGUGACGCCGUGGCUCAAGUUUUUGUGGGAGAGCUAUAGGACGUCUUUGGAGACUUUGAAGAAUAAUGCCCGUCUGGAGGGUAUCUAUCAGCAAAUCGCCCAACAAGCGUUCAAGUUCUGUCUCAAGCACCAACGCAAGGUCGAGUUCCGCCGCCUAUGCGAGACCCUCCGUCUCCACCUCGCCAACGUUGCCAAAUACUCCCAUCAGCCCCACUCCAUCAACCUUCAAGAUCCCGAAAUCCUCCAACACCAUCUCGACACCCGUUUCGCCCAGCUCAAUACUUCCGUUGAGCUUGAACUAUGGCAAGAAGCUUUCCGCUCUGUAGAAGAUGUCCACAAUCUCUUGACCAUGGCCAAGAAGGCGCCCCGCCCGUCCAUGAUGGCCAACUACUACGAGAAGCUGACGAAGAUCUUCUUGAUGAGCGGAAACGCUCUUUAUCACGCCGCUGCCUGGGCGAAAUACUACUCCGUCGUGACCUCGAUCGGUGGACGCUCGGACGAGGAGAUGACGAAGUUGGCCGGUCAGGUUCUGGUCAGUGCGCUCGCGGUGCCCGUCGGGCAAAAAGCAGAGGAGUUGGGAGCUGUGGAAGGCAAGGGCAAGGUCGCCCGGUUGACUGCGCUCCUAGGUCUUCCCAAGCCUCCUUCGCGCGGUGGUCUCCUUUCCGAUGCUCUCUCCCGCAAUGUCCUCAAACUCUCCCCCGAGUCCAUCCGCUCGCUCUACACCGUCCUCGAAGUGACAUUUGACCCCCUCACCCUCUGCACCUCCGUCUCCCCCCUCCUCACCUCCUUAACCGAAGAUGAAUCCUACGCGCCCUAUCUCCCCCUCCUCCAACGCGCCCUCCUCUCCCGCCUCCUCUCCCAGCUCGCCCAAGUCUACUCCUCCAUCAAGAUGAGCAAGCUCCUCGACCUCCUCCAGCCCCUUCGCGAAAGCGCACCGGAAGGCAAGGCGUCGAUUUUCGAAGAAGAACAGGUCGAGGCUUAUAUCAUGGGCUGUGCCCGGGUCGGAGAGCUGAACGUUCGUGUGGACCACGCCGAUGGAAGUCUAGAGUUCAUCGACCAGGCGUUCCUUGGUGUCGAUCCCGGCUCGUCGUCUUCCUCUGCCGAGAGCACCGUGCAGGAUCCUACGUCUACCGUCGUCCGGACCCGUCUCAGUGCCAUCGCUCGUACCUUGCACAAUUCACUUCUCGUUAUUGAGCCGGUACAGGAGGCGGAGCGUAUCACGCCCGAGGAACAACAGGCGAAGGUGGCGGAGCUGGUCGCCGCAGCGCAGACGGAGAGGAAGGCGUUGCAGUUGAGGAGAGCGCUCGUCGCGAGGAGGAGAGAGUUGUUGAGUGAGUUGAGCGUCAGGAAGGAGAAGGAGGAGGCGAGCAGGAGGGCGGAGACGAUGAGGAGGGAGAGAGAGACUGAGGAGAAGAGGGCGUUGGAGGAGGUCAGGAAGAGGGAGCUCGAGAGGGCGAGGAAGGAGAUUGAGAAUAUCAGGACGGAGGAGGCGAGGAAGUUGGCGCAGAGCUUGAAGGAGAGGGGCAACCUCAAGGUUGAUAUCGAUGAUGUCGAGAACCUCAACACGGACAAUCUCAUGCGACUCCAGGUCGAGCAAUGGGAGAAGGAAAAGAAGGAGCGCGAGGAGCGUCUCCGCGUCGCCUCCAAACGUAUCGAUCACAUCGAGCGCGCUUACCGCAAGGAAGAACGCCCCAUGCUCGCCAAGGACUACGAAGUCCAACAAGAGACCGAUCGCGAGACGUUCGAGGCCAUCCAGACGGCUCGGAUCGAGAACUCGAAGGUCGUUCACCAGCAGGACCUCGAGACGAAGAAACGGUUGUCGAGGAUGAUGGACGUUUACAAUGCUCGCAAGGAGGAAAUCCUGUCGAAGAGGGGCGACGAGUUCCAGAAGAAGAGAGCGGCGGCCCAAGCGAAGAUCGAGCAGGAGAAGGCGAAGAGGAAGGAGUACGUGUUGAGGGCGAGGGCGGAGGAGAAGGCCCAGCGCGAGGAGGAGGAGCGGAUACAAAGGGAGAGGGAAGAAGAGGAGGCUCAUCUAGAGGCCGAGCGUCAAGCCGAGGAGGAGCGCCUGCACGCAGAGGAAGAGGCUGCCAAGGAGGCCGAAGAGGCCAAGGCUCGCGAGGAAGCCGAAAAAAUCGCAGCUGCCCGCAAAAAGCGCGAGGAGGAGCGCGAACGCGAUCUCGAAAGGAUCCGUCUCCAACAACAGCGCGAGGAAGAGGCAGAAGCUCGUCGUGCCGCCCGUCGUGCCGAACAGUCGCGCCCUUCCCCUGCCGCUGCCGCCCCCGUCGCCGCCUCUCCCGUCGUUGGUGAGAGCGCAUGGAGACGUUCCGCCGCCACAUCCACCACCACGGCGCCAUCGACUCCCAUUCGCGCUGCUGCUGCAACCCCACCUCGUCCGGAAAGCCCUGCGGCUACCGGUCCUCCGAAAUUCCGUGCAGCUGGUGCUGGUGGCGGCGGUGGAUGGAGAUCAAGAGAGCAGGCUAAGCUUUCAGGUGGUGGCACCGCUCCUGCGUCGCCCACAAGCGCUGGUCGUCCAGCUUCGCCUGCUCCUGCUAAGGAGGAGCCGGCGAAAGACGACGACGGGUUCACGCCUGCUAAGCCCGUCUGGAGGCCUUCGAGACUGCGGGGGAAGCAGUAAGUAUGUCGAUUGAAGAAACGGUCCGGACAUGGGUGGGGUGCAUGAUGGACGGGGGCGGGGUCUGGUGCUUUUGUCGUUUUGGGUUCCCGAGCACGUAUGUUGUUGUUGGAACAUUUGUAGUAUGCUUCCCUGUGUCUGUUUAGUCUAUGCGUGCAUGCCAUCUGUGUUUUUAUGAAUGCCAG